AUGGGCACCGGCACCUCCCCCGGCCUUGACGACGAGUUCCCGGACGCCGCCGCCUCCAAGGGCCACCCGCUGUACGACUCGCUGCAGAAGGAGGCGGCCAUGAUGGCCUCGCUGCGCCACCCCUCCAUCGUCAUGUACCUGGGCGUCUGCCUGGACCCGCCCGCCGUGGUCACAGAGUACUGCGCCAGAGGUGGGGGCUCCCUGAACGACGUGCUCAAGCGGGCGCGCACCUCGCCGCUGCUGGCGGCGCAGCUGGACUGGGCGCGCCGCCUCAACAUGGCGCUGGAUGCGGCCAAGGGCAUGCUGUACCUGCACUCCUGCUCGCCGCCCAUCAUACACAGGGACCUGAAGAGCGCCAACCUGCUGGUGGACCGGCACUGGCGCGUGCGCGUGUGCGACUUCAACCUCAGCCGCGUCAUGGAGGACAGCGCGGUGCUGUCCAGCGUGGCGGCCACCAACCCGCGCUGGCUGGCGCCCGAGAUCCUGUCGGGCAAGGGCUACACCUUCGCCUCGGACGUUUACAGCUUCGGCAUCUGCAUGUGGGAGGUGCUGACGUGGCAGGUGCCCUACCACGAGUACGGGCCCUGGCAGGUGGUGGCCAUGGUCACCGAGAGCGCCAAGCGGCCAGAGGUGAAGGGCUGGGGGCGAGGCAUCGUCUUCGGCACGCUGCGUUGA